CGAACGGUCACGUCAGGGGCAGGGCACACAGGUAGACCGGAGGUCUCAGUAUGAAACAGAAGCACUGGUGUGGGAUGACUUCCAGAAUGGGCACCGUGUUAUCAGGGGUCUUUACCAUCAUGGCCACCCAAAUGUACCUCAUCUUUGAACGGAAAUUCUUAAGAAAUGACAAUUGUGAGGAAAAUGACCUAUGGGCCAAGAGUAUAAGCAACAUGAUAAAUAAGCUCAUCAUCUGCUGGAGUUGGAAAAUUGUCUUCUUUCUGUCUGUAAUCACCAUCCUCAUCAGCUGCUUCCUCCUGUACUCAGUGUAUGCCCAAUUCUACAGGGGCUUGCUGCUCUACAUCAUCUGGAUCCCUGUUUAUGAAACUGUCAACAUUGUAAUACAAAUCCUUACUAACAGAGACUCUGACAUUGCAGAGGUCAGAAUCAUACGCUGGUUUGGCUUGGUGUCACGUGUAUUCCUACACUGUUUCUGGAUAUUCUUUGUCAUCAACGAAGCCUACACAAUCUACAAAAUCAAAAGCCAGGGCAGCAUACUUUCCUACAACAGACGUGUUUCUAUGGUCAAUGGAGAGUUCUCACAUUGGAAAACAAAGAAAAUCAACUUUCCUCUCCACCAUUAAUGAAUAAUGUUUGGGCCUUUCAUCUCCCCUGAGAGGCAUCUCUCUGAAGUUCUCUUGUCAGUUCUUUCCUUUCCCACAUUUGCUGAGAUGCUCAGCUGCUACAGACCCUCUGGCCCUCCUUUCAAGGGAAUGUGGAAAAAAAUGUAACUGUAAUCACGACUGGAACGUCCUACUAACAGAGGGGUUUAAUUAAAAG